AUGGCUAACCAAGAUGGAAAGCUGCCAACGGACGAAAGAGUGCUCAAAAGUUAGUGCUUAAAGCCUCCUAUGUCGUUGAGCGAUUCAAGAGCGGUCGACAAUAAUUGCUGUGGAACGAGCCUCUUUACGUUUUGUUCUUGUGUUUUUUUUCUUGAUCUAGCUGUACCAAUGCCGCCGAUGGAACGACUUAAGGUGGCGGAUGUGUUCGAUGCGGACGGGAAACCCAGAGCAGAUGUCUUAAAAGGUCAUUUCUUGAAGGAGGGAAGAAUUGAAGAAGACGUUGCUCUUCGACUCAUAAAUUCGGGCACCGAACUUCUGCAGGAGGAACCAACAAUGCUCGAGGUCGAAGCCCCUAUCACAGGUACAUGCCACUGGUAAUUUAGAUUUUACAGGUGUAUUUUUUGAAAAGUGUGUCAGGUCACAGUCUUAUGUGAGCUGUGUAUAAGCGUUCGAUCGAUGUGAACUGCUGAUGUAGUGUUCUAUUUGUCUUUGUAUACGUCUAGUGUGCGGCGAUAUACACGGUCAGUUCUACGACUUGAUCAAGUUAUUCGAAGUAGGAGGAUCACCAAGUUCCACAAGAUACCUCUUCCUCGGCGACUACGUAGACAGAGGUUAUUUUUCGAUCGAGGUAAGAAAAAGCGAACAACAGUAAUCCUUGCCAACCAUCGUACGCGUGUCCUUAUUUCGCUGUUUCUUAUAUUAUUUUUGCAUAUCAACAAAUGAUAACUCCAUCUUUUUCUUUGAAGUGUUGUAAUUCUUCUUCUUUCUCCUCCUUUGGAGAGAGCUAUUAGUAUUUAUCAACUGAGAUAGAUGUUUCAUAUCAUCCUCCCCUUGUUUCUUUUGCAGUGUGUUUUAUAUUUAUGGGCGUUAAAACUCCUUUAUCCUAACACGCUAUUUAUGCUAAGAGGGAAUCACGAAUGUCGACAUUUAACGGAGUAUUUUACCUUCAAAACAGAAUGUAAGUACCUCAUUUUCAGUUAAACUAAAUUAAUAAUUUUAAUGCUUGUUUUUCCCUUCUCAGUCUUCUACUCGAUUCGACAGGAGACGCCUUUGAUAUGCGCGUGAAAACAAAAAUCCAUCUUCGAACAAUCAAUCAUUCGAAUUAUCAUUUUUAUUCAAAGCGCUCUGUUGAAGUGGACAUUGAAGUGUAGUUCGUUCGAUGCAUCUAACUUCACAAAUACAUUGUUGUUUUGAUAUUGCAUUUGUCGACUUAAAUUACGGAAGAACUUUGAACCUCUUUCGACAUUUUUCAUUUUACACACACCGAAGAGUCAUGAAUUAAUUAUGACAUUGCGCUUUUAAAAUUCACGACGGUGUAUUGGUGCACACUGUUGGAAAAGGAAGGAUUAUUUUAACUUGAUAAUGUUUCACGCGACUUUAAAGUUACCACCAAUUUACUCUUUUCUUCGGCUCAGUAAAUGUUUUUGGUAAUGCUCACAUAACUGUAAAUAAAUUUUGAAGGAACAGUUAUUUCUGUAUUGACUUAGUUGACUUGACAAGGUUUAAUUUUGGUUAGAAUUUCCAAGUUUUCUGAAAAACGCGACACAGCUGUUGUUUUGGAGUUGAGGAAUAUCUUGUUUCCUAACUUUCAUCAAACAGGUGCCCCUAUUAUAAACCCCUUUCUAUCUUUUUGUUAAAUUGCUGGCUAUUUAGAAUUUUAAUUUAUUUCAUACUUACACUGUGACUUAUGUGACUGUGCCAAAGUGAAAAACCAGAAUUUAACAGCUUUGUCACACUUUGUAAUAAAGCAUUAAGAAUUUAUGUUAAGCUGGUUAUUUAUUAACCCUGGAAUGCCCAGAUCCAGUUGUACAGAUCAGAUCAGAAGCACAGUGUAUACUUCUGUCUGUUGGGUCUGAGCAAAAAUGUGGUACAUGACCAUUCUCUGCAUGGCACCAUUAAUGUUAUGUAACAUUUUUCUUUAAUUUUAACAUUGAAAACUUCUUGGAGUGAAAAUUUAAUGUUUAACAAAGGGAAACAAUAACCAAUAAUCAAGAUCUUUAAAAGAACUAGUUCUCAUGCUGGCUGACUGUUGUUAAGACGCCGUCUCAGUUCAUAUCAUUGUAUCAACAGUCAGUGCUGUUAAGCCAUUGGCCUUAUGUCCUUAAAGGAGCUGUGUCACGAAAUUCAGCCAAAUUAGGAAAUUACAAAAUGCUUGUUAAAUUAAGAGAAAUGUAAAAAUAACCAUUUAAAACUUUAAAGAAAGGUUAAAAUAACAUAACAGAAACAACAGAUAUCACGGAUGGGCAAAACUGAAGAAGAUUGAAAUGGACUGAAAUUAUGGUUUUUGAAAACUGUUCAGCCUAACAGUUUUCCUAAGUUGAUCCCUGCUGCUUGCAACUUCAAAAAUAAUGCUCAGGAGACAUUUUGUUUGUCACAGAUCUCUGAUUUUGUCAUUUACAUGUAAUUUCUUUGCUUCCUUUAAAAUUCCAUAGCGAUUGAGGGUGAGUAAUUAGAGAAAUUAAACAAAAUGAACUGAACUGCCGUGACACAGCCCCUUUAAUCCUUCCUUCAUCGGUGAACUACAUUCAUUGUCAAAAGGGUUGGGAAGGCUGCUACUUUCCCUCUUAUUUUUGUUCCCCCCACCCGUUAUGCAAUGUUGACCAAAACUUAAGUGUUUGUGCAUGCAACUGUUCUGUUAUAAUUUAUCCCAACAUUGAAUAGAGGGGAGGGGGGAUAUUUGGCAAAAGGAAAAACCAUCUCUUUUGAGGAUUAAAAUGAACUACUUUUGAUUUGUACAACCUUCCCAACUACUUUUGUCCAGGAUUGUAGAUGAGGACAUACCCUGUAAAAGAACCCACACUACUGCUCUAAAAUCUAAAAGAGGAGGAGGAAGUUUGCCCCUGAUUCUGUGGUUUACAUGCUCCUCUUCCUCUGUCGUCGCUCUUCUUAUCACAUGUAUCAUCACAGUAAACUCAUACACCAUUAAUUCACAAAAUGUAGGCUCUGCUAUCAGGGUAAAGAGCUAUCAGGGUAAAGACUGGCUGAAGAACAUUCUUGAUUUAUAUGGGAUCCCCUUGGUCAAGUUCCAUCACAAAGAAGAAGAAUUUGUUAUACAAAAAUUGGUGCUUAGUGGUUAAAGUAUUCCAUGGUAUGAUUUCUUUCCAGGCAAAAUAAAAUACACAGAAAAAGUGUAUGAUGCUUGUAUGAGGUCAUUUGAUGCACUUCCCCUUGCUGCACUCAUGAACAGACAGUUUCUCUGUGUCCACGGAGGAUUAUCGCCUGAAAUCUAUACUCUAGAUGACAUAAAAAAGGUAAGGUGAUAUUGUGGAAAGAAUAUGCUCUUCAUUGGAAUAAUCAUUAAUGUUGUGCCAAUCAUCGAUCAUGAUCUAUCACUUUUUUGAAAAUCCUAACAUGAGAUCCUGGGAUCUCAGUUGCCAUGACUGGCCAUUUAGUCAAUCUGCAGCCUGUUUGAUAGAGAGAAGUUGUUACGUCACAUUGCCAAGGUGACAAAGUGACAAACAAAGUGGUCAAACCAUGGUGCUAAAAAUGUGGCAGAAAAUAAAAAUGAAAAUGAAAUAAAGGAAUAAAAAACUUGAUGUAUAUGACUGCCCUGUCCAUGAUUGCACUCAGGAACAAAACGGUAGAGGUAAUUCUAGGUAAUUAUGGUCAUCGGCGUGCUACAUAACAUGAAGAGGAAGUGUGACCAGUUGCGUUGAAAAAAUUAUUUUUCUUGAUGCAAGAAGUCACACUUAAUUCUCUCUACACCCCUAGUCAUCGGUGUGCUAUAUGACAUGUAGGUGAAGUGUAACUUAAUGCAUCAGGUAAAUAAGCAUAACCUUGUGUGUCGAAAAUGUUUUUUUACCCAAAACAGUUUACGUUUCAUGCUUAUAUGACAUAGCAAGCUGAUAAAAUUGCAAGACAUAACAAAAACUGUAAACACCUGUUUUCUCUUGAGAGCUAUUUUAUCCAGUGGCUAAACUGUUUUGUGUUUUCUGUCCAUGUAUUUAUCAGAUUGACCGAUUCACAGAGCCACCUGCAUUUGGUCCAAUGUGUGACUUGCUUUGGUCUGAUCCGCUAGAGGAUUAUGGCAAUGAAAAAAAUGCUGAACAUUUCAGUCAUAACACCGUCAGAGGCUGCUCAUAUUUCUACAGGUAUUAUAGCGAGAUGUUGCUAUAACAAACUAGAUUGCUUCUAGGGUUACUCAUUUAAUGUAUAUGUUGUGAUUCAGUUUUAUCCUUUUUUUAAAUUUCAUUCUCCUUUGUUUCAAACUCAUUAUCAUACAUUUCCAUGCCCCAAAACAAAGGAAAAUAAAAUUUAAACCAAGGAUAAAAUUGGACCACAACAUAAUACUUAUUAUAGAAUUUUCUUUUUCUCUCUGGUGCCUGCCUCAAAUAGCCCUCGCUAAUUGCAGGCACAAGCUUUGUGAGUUAUACUGUCUUAACUUGAAAUAAACUUGUUGCUGUUGUUUAUGUACUAAAUCCCUGCAUUAUUUGGUAACCUGUGCCUAUUCUAAAACAGAUAACACAAAACGUUUCUUUCUUUCUAGCACUCAGAAGAAUGUUGUAACUUCUACUGAUGCAUUGUUUGAUUAAGCAGAGUUUCCUGCCAUUAAUUUGUUUUCAGUUACCAAGCAACAUGUGACUUUCUUGUGAAAAACAAUUUGUUGUCAAUUAUCAGAGCCCACGAGGCACAAGAUGCUGGGUAGGUAACUCUAACUUCUGGUUACUUUUUACAUUGACUACCUGAAAACAGUUAGCCUUUUCGUGUAACAUACAUUAAAGGAAUGCUUUCAGUGCGCAAAGAAAGUCGCGUCCGAUAGCCUGGGGCUCGUGGAUUUUGCUAUCGGGCUAGUGAUUUUUGUUCUUAACUUGCCCGAUGGGCAAGUACUGUUUUUUGGGGAAAUUCAAAUUACUGAAGGAUUGUAAUCAAUCCUGCUAAUCAAAAAGGGUUUUGGGCUAGUUGAAAUGAUUUGUGGGCUAGUAGAUGCUAGCUACAGCUUGCCCGAAUGGCAGGCUGUAAAACUUACUUUCUUUGCACCCUGGCUUUAGGCAAGAGUUUUA